UCUCCGUAAGGACUUGGGCCAUCUCCGAAAGCUGCCCGUGUGCAAGGCGGGGCGGACAGCGCUCGGCAGCGCUCGGUGCUGCAGUGCCGGGAGGAGGCUGCGGGCGCCGCUGUUGACCGAAAGAAGCGGAGGAAACUCAGAGCGCUGCAGCCCCGCCCGCUGCGGACAGACUCGAUCGGUCGUUCCCCGUCAGGCUCGGCGGCGGGUGGUGUGCGGGGAUCCCAGCGGUGCGAAUCCGUGAUACAACGAGACAGAAGGUCUGCCGGCAGAAGCCGAGAGCGCUGAGCUGGGGUCUGAGUUGAAGAAGGAGGCGGAUCGGUAGUCGGAGGCGGGGAACAGGCGCCCUUGGUGCGGUGAAGCGGCGGAGAUGUGCGCGGCGGGGAGACGCUGGGACCGGAGUCAGCGAGCUCUGCUCUGGGCGAUGCUGCUGGCGGCGUGGGAGGCGGCGUGGGGGCAGCUGCGCUACUCGGUGCCCGAGGAGAUGCCCAAGGGCUCGUUCGUGGGCGACGUGGCCAAGGACCUGGGGCUGCAGCUGCCGGCGCUCAGCGAUCGUGGCUCUCGUUCGUGGGCGACAGAUCGGACACAGUAUUUCGCUCUACACGGGAAGACGGGACACUUAGUGACGGCCGAAAGGAUCGACAGAGAGCAGCUGUGCGAGCAGCAGCUGUGCGAGAGUGUUCAGCAAUGCAUGCUGGGCUGUGAGCUGAUAGUGGAGGGACAGAUGGAGGUUUACGGAAUCCAAGUGGAAAUCACGGAUAUAAACGACAACGCACCCAGCUUCCGAGAUACUGAAACAGUGAUGAAAAUUAUCGAAACGGCAGCCCCGGGAUCGCGGUUUCCUCUACCCGACGCUCACGAUCCUGACUCGGGCCGGAAUUCCCUGCAGAGCUACGAGCUGAGCGAUGACGAGCACUUCUCGCUGGCCGUGCAGGCGGGCCCCGGCGGCGAUCAGCGUCCCGAGCUGGUGCUGGCGAAGGCGCUGGACCGGGAGGAGGCGGCGUUUCACGAGCUGGUGCUGAGGGCGAUGGACGGCGGCGAUCCGGCACGGACGGGCACGGCUCGGAUCCGAGUGACGGUGCUGGACGCGAACGACAACGCGCCCGUGUUCAGCCAGGCGGAGUACACGGUGCGUGUGCCCGAGGACGUGCCCGUGGGCUCCACUCUCGUCACCGUUACAGCCACUGACGCAGAUGAAGGUCUGAAUGGACAAGUGAAAUACUCGUUAAAGAAAACAACAGAAAAAAUCUCGCAGCUUUACCAGCUGGAUAUCAGUAGAGGAGCGAUCAGUUUGUUGCAGAGCCUGGACUUCGAGAAGGAUGACUGUUAUGAACUGGAGGUGCAGGCACGGGACGGCGGGGGUCUUUUCGACACUGCCAAACUGACGAUCACCGUGACAGACGUCAACGACAACACACCUGAAUUGACAGUGUCGUCAGCCCUGACUGAGAUCUCUGAGGACGCCCCGUCGGGAACGGUGGUGGCCCUGCUGCACGUGCAGGACCGCGACUCGGGGGCCAACGGUGAAGUGCGCUGCUCUGCAGAAGCAUCUCUGCUGCAGUCCUCCAAGUGCAGAGCGGCCACCCAGCCCAGCCAAGGUUUCCAUGAACAGAGCAGGGGCCAGUGGGAGAACGUGUGCAGUGUCCCCCACGUCAUCACCCAGAAGAACAUCCUGGGCAAUCAUCUGGAGGCUGUGAAGGGGCAGAGGAACAGGCUGGAGAGUCACCUCCGAAGAGUUACAGACAGUGGCUCAAUGGGGGGCGCGGGAGAGGCCGGGGCGGCGGCGGCGUUCGAGGUGGUGCCGCGCUCGGCCGAGGCCGGCUACCUGGUGGCCAAGGUGGUGGCGGUGGACGCGGACGCGGGGCGCAACGCGUGGCUGUCGUACGAGCUGGUGCAGGCGUCGGAGCCGGCGCUGUUCCGCGUGGGGCUGCACAGCGGCGAGGUGCGCACGGCGCGCGCCGUGUCCGAGCGGGACGCGGCCAAGCAGCGAGUGGUGGCCGUGGUGAAGGACCACGGGCAGCCGGCGCUGUCGGCCACGGCCACGCUGCACGUGGUGCUGGCCGAGAGCUUGCAGGAGGCGCUGCCGGAGCUGAGCGAGCGGCCGGCGGGCGCCGAGGCGGCGGCGGCGGCGGCCGAGCUGCAGUUCUACCUGGUGCUGGCGCUGGCGCUGCUGUCGGCGCUCUUGGUGCUGAGCGUGGCGCUGGCCGUGCUGGCGCGGCUGCGCCGGGCCGGGCCGCCCGCCGUGCUGCGCUGCCUGGGCGCGCAGCGCUUCUCGCUGGCCGGCGCCGCCUUCCCGGCCGACUUCUGCGAGGGCACCUUGCCCUACUCCUACAACCUGUGCGUGGCGGCGCCGGCCCGCGCCGUGCCCGAGGCCGCUUGGCCGCCGCCGCCGGUGCCCGUGCUGUCGGCGGAGGAGCUUCUGGGCGGGGAUGACUGCGAGAAACCGAGCCUGGGUAGUAGCUCCGUGGCUGGAGAUAUGCCCGCCUACCCGGACGCAACUCAGGUCUGUAAAGCGAAUUCCUUCCUUUUGCGCAUUUAAGUAACGCUGGUGGCAGCGUGCUCUUGUGGUUUUUCUUCUCUGAGUCUGUUGGUUGUUGUAUUUUUUUUCCAUGAAGUGAAGUAAUCGCUUCUCGUGUGUCUUUUUGCAUGAAGUGUUGCGAUCGGGCAAUUGCUGCCUCAUCAACUGUAAGACUAGUAGGCUCAGUGGGAGGCUCUUACCGUUCAACAGUUUUGAAAGACCUUCCCGUUCAUGACACAUUCGGGUUCUUCUGAAAGAUUUUCUUUAGGAAAAUUAUAUUUUCCUAUUUGUUACGUGUUAUUAAUGGAAGAUGCGGAUUUUUGUUGUAUACGACGAGGUAUACAUGACAGGCUUGCUCUAGCGGGUUUUCCUUCUCGAUACUUAAUUGUCGAAGCUCUAUAUUUGGACCUUCUGAUAGCUGGACCAUACCCCUUCUUUUAGUCAUUGCUGCUUUAGGAAUGCUUACACUACUGAGUCGGGUUAAUUUUGGAUUUAAAAUACUAUCUGUGUGGGAGUUCUAAGUAAUCAGAGUGAUGCAAGGCAUGCAUAUAUUGAGUAAAAUUGUAAUACAAGAAAGCGAAGUCAUUUUUAGAGAAAGGGGAGUAAUGCAGAUUUAUUCGGAGUAGUGUUCGACGAGCAGGUG